AUGCGAGGGUUCUCACUAGCUGGACAGCUUCACAUGAAAACCGUCGGAGGUGGAGGUCAUUCAUUCUAUGAAUUCACACUAUAUUCAAAGUUUCGAACCGAUUGCGUAGCUUGCCUGCACGUAUUUGCCAGGAAGCGUCAUGUUUACUUGCGAGCCCUCAGCUUACUAAGAAGCAGAAAGCAGUAUUAUUUCGCCAUCGAUGAAAUGAGCAGUCAACUAGUUUAUUACAAAGAUGAAUCUGAUCUGGUUGCGAAACGAGAGCCCAUUGGAGUGCUUUCAUUGGCAAAUGCUGCAUUUACGGUUGCUGAGGAAAGCGAAAGGAUAUUUAUAUUACAUAGUGGGGAAAAAGUGGUUGAAUUGGAAGCUCCUAAUCGAGAAAGCUGCGAAUGUUGGCUUGAAGCACUAUCUCAUAGGUACUCAAUCACUACUUCUCGCAAUUCGUGUAGUGCAAGUCGUAUAUCAACAGAUAUGGCGUUAUCAGUAUUAGAAAAGAAAUUAAACUAUCUGGACCCUUUCGCCCGUUCUCACAUCAGUGGAAUCGAAGACUCAACUACUAAUCGAGGCCCACCAGAGGCAAGUGGUAUCAUUGGUAGUGCUUCUAAGCCAUAG